AUGUCUCCCACCCACCUGAUCUGCGAGAAUAUCAUCCCCCUUGGUUCUCUGCCUGUUGUGUCGUCAUGUGACAUGACCGAGAUCCACGCCACUGUGAAGAAGAUGGUGGAACAGCGCAAGGCUAAUGGCAAGGAGUCCGAUUCUUUAAGCCAAAGCUUCUCCUGUUUCGCAUUUCCUCUUAGUGAUGAAACCACCGAUUUCAGCGUUCUAGACCAAAGAACCGGCCAGGUGGUGCAAACCUUUAAUUACCGAAAUAUUUACUACUACGCAAGUGUGAACUUAAAGAAAGGCCACUCUUUUGUUGUCUUCACUCAUCUCCCUCCAAAACCUGGUCCAUCCACGCCACCAGCCUCCACCAAAUCCGGCUACGAUUGCUUCGUCUAUCACUGCCCGUCGUCAUUUGAGGUCUCCCGGAUAACCAAGUGUCUCUUCCAAAUUUCUCAACGCACCGCCGACGCCAAGUACCCGCCCGCGCUGUCGUCGAUUCCACACUGGAAGGCUCCCGUCGACUCCCCAAACGCGCCAGCUCAGUACGCCGCGAGCCUGCGGCUUCACAUUGACAUUCGUGAAGACGACUCGAAGUCUUCGCUGGGAAGCAUCGCGGUGCCGAAGGAGAAGCCCAACCUCUUCAAAUUCCGCGCGAAUCUCGAAAAAACCCUCGUGAUCGGAGUGAGUCGGCAAGGCGAUUGUUCGGACGCCCCGCACUUGGGCGUUGUCAGCUGCCUGGAAAUCGGCCUGGCAUUCGGGCGCUACGUCAGUGACGGCGAUGUGACCACGUUGGUGACGAAUCCAGCGAAACUGUCGACAGACGACGCCAACAACCUCAUCCCCGGCGCCUCGUUCGUCGUGAAAACCGCCUGGUCGCCUAAAGAGCCGCAGUUUGAACUCCUCAACACCGUCACUGAUCGAGGCAAGUCGCUCACCUCCUGCACACCA